GCAAACUGGCCACACUCGUGGGAGCCAGUCAUCAUAAAUACGAACAGAUUGGAAAACUUACAGGAAUUGCGUAUUAUCUGUGGUAUUACGAGAUCAAACUUUUGAAUAGCCAACUUGCCGUAACCCACUUAGCUGCAAAAAUGUCCUACGCGUACUUGUUCAAAUACAUCAUCAUCGGCGACACAGGCGUGGGCAAGUCAUGUCUGCUCCUCCAGUUCACGGACAAGCGCUUCCAGCCCGUGCAUGACCUGACCAUCGGCGUGGAGUUCGGAGCUCGCAUGAUCACCAUCGACGGCAAGCAGAUCAAGCUCCAGAUCUGGGACACGGCUGGCCAGGAGGCCUUCAGAUCCAUCACACGCUCGUACUAUCGAGGAGCUGCAGGCGCCCUGCUGGUGUACGACAUCACGCGCCGGGAGACUUUCAAUCACCUAACCACCUGGCUGGAAGACGCGCGCCAGCACUCCAACUCGAACAUGGUGAUCAUGCUGAUAGGCAACAAGAGCGACUUGGACUCUCGGCGCGAGGUGAAGAAGGAGGAGGGCGAGGCCUUUGCCCGCGAGCACGGACUGGUCUUCAUGGAGACGUCGGCGCGCACCGCGGCCAACGUGGAAGAGGCUUUUAUAAACACGGCCAAGGAGAUCUACGAGAAGAUCCAGGAGGGCGUCUUCGACAUUAACAAUGAGGCAAACGGCAUCAAGAUCGGCCAACAGCACUCGCCCACAAACCCGUCGCUGCCAGGAGCCGGAGGAGCCGCUGGAGCAGCAAACAGUGGCUGUUGCUAGGAGUAAACCGCAGAUGCCCGACUGCAAUUCUGGGAUAGACGUAGCCGCUUCUGUAAAAGCUACUUUAGUGACUAACUAAUAGAAGGUAGUUGGAGGGACAUAUUUCUUGUUUUCUAUCUCAACCGUAACUAACCACGUAAACAUAGCUACCACUAAACUAGCAAUUGAACACUAAGCGUAAUGUUAAAAUCGUAAAGAUCAGACAGCUACAAGACACACCUCUCCUUGUUCAGCUACGUUUUAAUUAACCAAAAGAAACCAAAAGAAAAAAACCAGAAAUAAACCAAAAUCUACAACAUUUGUACAUGUGAAUGUGUCGUGCGUGAUUUCUAAAUUUUAUAAACUUUAUCGAAACAUUUAUAAAUGUUUUUGCAUGUAUUUUGUGUAUAUUAAAAUUAGUUUGCUAGUUACUUCGUGUAAAGAACGAUAGUUAUACAUUGGGAUCUUGACAAAAUAAUGUGUAAUAUAUAACAAAGAAGUUAAACUAUGUGAAUUUUUAUUGUGAUUCGUUUUCAGUGAGGUCCAGCCCCGAAAUGCUGCGCCACGCCCCUUUUUGCAACGGGUAUCUGCUUCUCUUCUAUAUACAUACAUAUUUAAUUACAUAUAUGCAUAUUUUUACGUUUCCUUCUCAACGCAUUUGCUUUGUCUAUAUUUUGUUGUGCAACCCGCUUUAGUCUUUAAAAAUACAUUAGAAAAAGGAAAAGUACUUUAACAAAAUAUAAAAAACCGGUGAGCUGAAAUGGAAUUAUAUAAUUUACACACUCAACCUGCAUUAACAGUGGAUACACAUAAAUGCUGCGAUUCAAUGAUCAAUUUAGUAUUUUACGAAGUUUAUAUAUUAAAUUAAAUGCGAAAGUUAAGACAAAACGAAACAAACAACUGUAAACGUAAAUCAAAUUAUUUAUAAUAUUUGUAUUUGCCCAACACAAUGCAGAAUAAUAAAUAUACAUACUAAAUAUUUAAA